ACAACAGAAGUCUGUUGCUCGCGUGAAGUGCACGUCCAAAACACACACGCACGAGUCUCCCACAUGCCUAGAAAACGCAGUGGACCUGAUUUGAAUUGUACUCCAUUCCCCCUCCCGACCGCUGCGUGGUUCAUUCCAGCGCCUCUGUAUCCUCGGUGCAAGGUGUUUCUGCUGCCACCAACACUGAGCCCGGCGGUUCAAUCACUCCGCUGACAAGAGCAGUGAAUAUCGAUGGAGAGGUUACAACUGAGCUGAGGUCUUCUCGUGCAGGACUGCUUUAUGCCGAACUGUUAAUGGGAUUGGGAUUCAAGAGUAACAAGUGUCCUGAUAGUCAUCUAGCAGAGGCAAGCGCAGGAAAGACACCUCAUGCGACAUAUCCAGAGGGCACAUCUACCUUCCAUCCACUCGGCUGCAAAUGUCAGUCCCCAAAGCCCCAGAGAAGCUCUCCUUGGUGAAGAUUGUGUAAGAAGCAUCCAACUGUUUCAGAAUGAGGAGCUCUAUACAAAGACAAUGCCAUUCACACUCUUGCUGUUUUAAUCACGAGGUUGUGGGGGUGUGCUUGGGCACAAAGAAUGUAUCCACUGUCUGCAGAAACUGUCUCUGAAUUGUCUUGGCCCUUGGCUGCGGGGCCGUGAGCAGCAACCAUGACGUAUCCCAACACCAGCAUACUGACAGCUAACUUCACUGGAGCUUUGGACGGUCAUGACUCCGGGGGAAACAUCUACCGGCCCUUUUCUGUUUUCAGCGUGCUCACUCUUACAUUGCUGGCAAUGCUGGUGGUGGCCACCUUUGUGUGGAACUUGCUGGUGCUGGUGACCAUCCUGAGGGUGAGGACAUUCCACCGGGUGCCCCACAACCUUGUGGCUUCCAUGGCCAUCUCCGACGUGAUGGUGGCCGCCCUGGUCAUGCCUCUCAGCCUUGUCCAUGAGCUGAACGGCAGGCUGUGGAAACUUGGUCGCGUGUUGUGCCAGGUGUGGAUCUCCUUCGAUGUGCUCUGCUGCACAGCCAGCAUCUGGAACGUGACGGCCAUCGCGCUGGACCGCUACUGGUCCAUCACCAGGCACCUGCAGUACACGCUCAAGACACGUAAAAAGAUCUCCAAUGUGAUGAUCGCACUCACAUGGCUGCUGUCCUCCAUCAUUUCCCUGUCGCCUCUGUUUGGCUGGGGGGAGACCUACUCAGAGGGGAUGAAGUGCCAGGUGAGCCAGGAGCCAUCCUACACGAUCUUCUCCACCUUUGGAGCAUUUUACCUGCCGCUUUGUGUGGUGCUGUUUGUUUAUUGGAAGAUCUACAAGGCUGCCAAGUUUCGGAUUGGUUCCCGCAAGACCAACACAAUAACACCCAUGGCUGAGGUAAAGGAGGAAACACAGCAGCCCCAGAUGGUGUUUACUGUGCGCCACGCCACUGUGACCUUCCAGACAGAUGGGGACACAUGGCGCGAGCAGAAGGAGAAAAAGGCGGCUCUGAUGGUAGGCAUUUUGAUUGGCGUGUUUGUACUUUGCUGGAUCCCUUUCUUCAUCACCGAGCUCAUCGUCCCGCUGUGCUCCUGUGACAUCCCACCCAUCUGGAAGAGCAUCUUCCUGUGGCUGGGCUACUCCAACUCCUUCUUUAACCCGCUCAUAUACACAGCCUUUAAUAAGAACUACAACAAUGCCCUGAGGAACCUCUUCUCCCGGCAACGCUGAGCCACUCUGUAUGGUCGGCAGACACACUACACCAGCAUUCACUCCGCAGUGUUACUCCUGCAGACAGAAAGGGAUUAACCUGUCUGCAUCCGUCACUCCAUCAUCCAUCAGAUGGAUGAUAACCAGAAACAAUGUCUGAAAAACUGUCUUUAAAAAGGUGUCGUAUUAAUUUAUGUUUUGUUUUGUUCAUUACCAGUGCUGAGUUAACCUCACAGCUGGACUGAGACAGGGGUCUCAGCUACUGUAUCUACAAAGAGAGGAAUAAAUUGGCUGUGUUGUUGCAGUAACGGA